AGAAUUGUCAAACAGCGAGGUAGGAAAGAGCAGUAAGAUAAAGCCUGUGCGAAAGAUAAAGCUCCAUUGGCAGCUAGCUUGUGGUGCUGAGAAGCUUCAAGCAACUGUAAUAGCUCAACGUCUACAUUGUAGCAAGUCUCUCGGGAAGGACCUUUUGACCAUUAUGAAUGGACAGAACUUGGAGGCAACACCACAUAUGCAGUUCUUUUCAGAACAGCAAAUGCACCUAAUGCGAUCAACGAAAAUGGGACUGAGAUACCAUCCCCAGAUGAUUAGAUUUGCUCUAUCCAUUCAAUGCAAAUCUCCAUCUGCUUACAGAGAGCUAAGAGGCAGUGGAGCCCUUAUACUUCCAAGUGAGCGUGUCCUCCGUGAUUAUAAAAACUGUUUUAAACCUGGACCUGGUAUCACGAAAGAGAGCAUUAAAGAACUGAAGGAGAAAACACAUCAGAAUUUUCUGGUAUUCAGAAGUAGGUAG